AUGUCAAUUUAUUCUUCCUCAUUCGAACAACUCGUGUUGAUAUCUGUGAUGUACAAGAAGCAGCACAGCAUUAUUGUCGAGUGCCAUUGUUUGUGUGGAUCUGUGGGAGUGGGGAAAGGCGAUAACUGUCGUGCGAGAGGAAAAUCCGAGCGGGUGGAAGAAUAUUACCGCUGGAAGGGACUUCGAUCCUUCGCACCCGUGGCACUUCGAUUGCCCUCUGCUCGAAUGGUUUCCACUUCCACUCAGAAGGCCGUCGCUGCCGCUGCUCCGACCACCAAAUUGACUCAGCAGCAGAACUUGGAUCUGCUCAACAAACAGCGUGCUGCACGACCUUCCAGUCCGCAUUUCACCAUCUACCAACCGCAGAUCACGUGGUACCUGUCGAUCAUCAACCGUAUCACUGGUACUGGUCUGAGCGUUUUGAUGUACGCAUACUUCGCAGCUUAUGCGGGGUACCCACUCUUUGGCUCAGCAGAAGCCCUCUCCUCCGCCUCCCUCACCGACUUCGUUGCGACUCUGCCAGCUUGGUUCAAGACUGCCGUCAAGGUCCCCCUCGCUCUCGCGUUCACCUUCCACUCCUUCAACGGUCUCCGUCACUUGGCUUGGGACUGGGGCUAUGCACUCACCCUCAAGGGCGUCUACUCCACCGCGUAUGUGGUCAUGGGCGCUACCGUCCUCGGCACCGUCGGUCUGUUGAUGAUUUAA